AUGAAGAAACUCAGGAGGAAGGGCUCUUUAGGUCUUCCAGAACUUUCCGAGAAGGCCAAAGAGCAGCUGGCCGAGGCAGAGCUACGGAAACUGAGGCAGCAGUUCCGCAAGAUGGUAGAGAGCCGAAAGUCCUUCAACUUCCGCAACCAGCGUAUGAUCGCCAACCAGUACAAGGAGAUAGAGAGUCUGAAAGCCGAACAGGCAGAGACCACCCUGCUUCUGAGCCUCGUGAAGUCUCCAAAGAACCUGGACAUCAACCAGAAAAAUUUCAUGGAGUUGCGUUUCCUGCUGCAGACCAAGGGGGACUACGAGUCGCUUAUCUCCUCCAUGAAGGUGCUGCUGGGGGAACUGGAUGACAAGAUUGUUCAGAUGGAGAGAAAGAUCACGAACCAGAGACAGAUCUUCUUGAAGACACAAGAGGCCAACAACCCCCGGAAGCUGCAGAAACAGAUCCACAUUCUGGAGACCCGGCUGAACCUGGUCACUGUCCACUUUGACACGAUGCUGACCUCUAACGCCCAGCUCCGGAAGGAGAUUGAGGAUCUCCUCUUUGAGAAGGCCGCCUACGACCACGUGUACCAGCAGCUCCAGCGGCGUCUGCAGAUGCAGAAGAAGACCAUGAACAUAGCCAUCGAGCAGUCCGCCCAGGCCUACGAGCAGAGCCACAAGCAUGACGCUGCGGCUGUCAAAUCCAAGAAGCACGGCAAGAAGAGGAAGGGCGAGAGUUUCGAGAGCUACGAGGUGGCGCAUCUGCGGCUGCUGAAGCUGGCGGAGAACGGGGACCUGAACCAGCUCACGGAGGACUUCCUGGCCAAGGAGGAGAAGAAUUUUGCUCGCUUCACUUACGUCACCGAGCUCAACAAUGACAUGGAGACCAUGCACAAGAAGACCCAGCGGAUCCAGGAUGACAUCAUCAACCUGCGGUCACAGCAGCAGAUCUCCCAUGAGGGCACCCGGCACAUCCUGAAACAGAUGGAGGAGAAACUGAGGAAGACCACUGAGGACGCCGAUGUUUUUGAGAGCAAAUACAAGGAAAUGAGCAAGACCCUGGAGUAUCUCAAGAACUCCGUGGAGAAGCUAUUUAAGAAGAUCAACUGCGACGCCACCGAGAUCCUGGGAAAGCUGGGCGAGACCGGGAAGAUCACGGACAUCAACCUUCAGCAGUACUUCGCUAUCAUAGAAAAGAAGACAAAUGACCUGCUGCUUCUAGAAUCCUACCGGCGCCUGCAGGAGUUGGAGGGGACUGAUUCUGAUAUCCCACAACCCUUUGUCAACCCCUUCUGGGGCGGCUCUGCCCUCCUCAAGCCCCCAGAGCCUUCAAGGGUUGUGCCACCUGUAUUUGGGGCAGACUCCUUCAGUGACAAACUUGAAGAGGUGGACUAUCCUCUGGACCACAGUAGCCUCCGGCAACUGGUCUUGGAGAACUACCUUCAGAGGGAACGCGGAAAAGAACUACAGGACACCAUGUCAGAGAAGGGGGACGAGAUAAGGCUUAAGAAGAAGGUGACAGUCUGA